AUGCUGUCCGCUACCUCCUCCGCCCUGCGCAUCAGCGCUCGCCGCGUUGCCCCCCGAGCCGCCGCCCUCGUUGCGCCCAUGCCCAAGAUCUCCCUCGGCCGAAGCUUCACUGUCGCACAGGCUCGAUGCCUCUCUUCCACCGGCCGUUUGUCCUACGCUGCCCAGACCAACCCUAACCCUCCUCUGGGUAUGAAGAAUGCCUCCAAUGACGCUCCCUCGAGAAUUGGCCUCAUUGGAGCUCGUGGCUACACUGGUCAGGCUCUUAUCGAUCUUCUGAACCAGCACCCCAUGAUGGAUCUCCGACAUGUUUCUUCCCGUGAACUUCAGGGUCAGGAGUUGAAGGGCUACAGCAAGCGCAAGAUCAUCUACGAGAGUCUGUCUCCUGAGGAGGUUGCCCAGCUGGAUAAGGAUGGCAAGGUCGAUGCCUGGAUUCUGGCGCUCCCCAACGCUGUCUGCCAGCCCUUCGUUGAGGCACUGGGCAGCAGCAAGAGUUUGAUUGUCGAUCUCUCCGCCGAUUACCGUUUCGACGAGGACCAAAAGACAUGGAAGUAUGGUCUCUGCGAGCUUCAGCCCAGAAGCAAGCUUGCCACAGCCACAAGAAUCUCCAACCCUGGCUGCUAUGCUACUGGCUCUCAGCUUGCUUUGGCUCCUAUUGUUGAGCACCUCGGUGGUAUCCCUAGCAUUUUCGGUGUCAGCGGUUACAGCGGAGCUGGUACCAAGCCUUCUCCCAAGAACGACACCAACAACCUCAAGGACAACUUAUUGCCUUACUCCCUCACAGGCCACAUCCACGAGCGAGAGAUCAGCCACCAUCUCGGUACAUCCGCUGCUUUCAUGCCCCAUGUCGCCUCUUGGUUCCGCGGUAUUCACCUGACUGUCAACAUUCCCCUGAACAAGGAGAUGACAUCUCGUGAUAUUCGCCAGAUCUACCAGGACCGAUACGCCGGCGAGAAGCUCGUCAAGGUUGUCGGUGAAGCUCCUGUCGUCAAGGCCAUCCAGGAUAAGCACCACGUUGAGAUUGGUGGCUUUGCUGUCGACAGCACCGGCAAGCGUGUCGUCGUGUGCGCCACCAUCGACAACCUCAACAAGGGUGCCGCCACACAAUGCCUCCAGAACAUGAACCUCGCUCUCGGAUAUGACGAAUACCAGGGAAUCCCCAUCUAA